AUGUUUGUCACUUCAGGAAAGCUCUUAAAAGAAGAAAUAUGCGCGUUUCUUGUAAUUUUAGACACAUUUGUUGUCGAAGCUCUGACAUCAGAUUAUGACAAGAAUUACGAAAUGAUGUUGAUUAAAAAAAUAAUGGAGGAUUACAAGAAAAAAGUGGAAGUGAGGCCGGUGGAAAGAAGUGAUCAGCCAAUCAUAGUGAUGUUUGAUUUGGCUUACAGUCAACUUAUAAACCUGGAUGGCAAAAACCAGAUCCUAACCAGCAAUGUUUGGGUGAGACAGCAAUGGAUUAACAGUAAGACAACUUGGAAUGCCUCGGAUUAUGGAGGUGUUGAGAGUAUCAUGAUGAGCCCGGAUUAUUUUUGGAAACCAGACAUCGUCCUCUACAACACGAUCGAAGGUGGAGGUGAAAUGUAUAACUUCGAUACAAAGAUCGUGUUUUACCACGAUGGUCGUAUACAGUGGAACGCACCGGCACAAAUCAAAACAAUCUGUACCAUCGAUAUCACAUACUUCCCAUUUGACGAACAAAAAUGUAAAAUAACAUUCGGCUCUUGGUCUUACAUGGAGAACGCGUUGGAUAUGCGUCUGAGAAGCGAUAGAGAUCACGCUGAUCUGGAUCGUUACACGGCCAGCGGAGAGUGGAAACUAGUGUCACUAAACGCCAGACGUGAUGCCGUGAAAUAUACUUGUUGUAAAUACAGAUUCGUCACAAUAACCUACACCGUUCAUAUACAGCGUCGUGUGUUAUUCUACAUGAAUAACAUAAUAGUCCCUUGUAUAAUCCUAAAUAUCCUCACUCUGCUGGCGUUUCUUCUCCCUCAUGAUUCUGGUGAGAGGAUCUCUCUUGUUAUAACGGUCCUCCUUGGGUUAACUGUGUACAUGUUGAUCUUCACAGAGAAUAUCCCAAACAGCUCCGUUGUACCACCGAUGAUUGGCAAGUUCUCGAUGGCUUGCUUUGUCGAAAUCUCUGCCUGUCUCCUCGUCACGACAUUCACAUCUCGCUGUUAUUUUCACGGUAUUGACAAAAAGAUGCCUGCUUGGUUUCAUUACCUGAUUUUCAACAUCAUGGCGCCAGCAUUCCUGAUCAAUAUCCCAAAAAGCGAGGAAGAAAUAACAGACUUGGAAGAAGAUGAAGAAAGCCAGAAUGAGAUGCCAGUGCUAGCGACAGGACUUCCCUUGUGCUCCAACGGCCAUUCUCUACCCAAUGGCCACGCCAUGCCUAACAGUCGCAUGGCAACGGGUCUUCCACAUUCCCGAUCCGUUUCUCAUAUAAAAGGAAACAGCUUUCAAGGAGGAAAAGGCUUCUCGACACAUUCCGUUUGCAAUUGCGAGGAACAAAUUCAAAAAAUCCUCGGGAUUCUGGAAAGGUUUGAAGAAGAAAGUCAAGAGAAACAACUAGAGGAGGCCAAGAAGGAGCAAUGGCAUUUUGCUGCUAUCAUUCUCGAUCGAUUCUUUUUCAUUUUGUUUGGCGUCACAAUUUUAAUUUGCAUUGUUAUAUUCUACGCUCAAAUUCCAUCCAGUGGUCAGAGUGAAUGAGAUAUUUGGAUGAAGAUUACUCCAGGAUCGGAGGUUGUUUCUGUAGUCAUGUGGAGCACUGACUGGGGGCUAAAUGGACGAGAAUCGAAUUCGUCCACGGCGGUAUAUUAUAUAUUAGAUAUGGUUGUGAUAUAUAUUAGAUAUGGUUGUGUUUUGUUUAGCUUCUAUAAAUUAGGAGAGCAAAUAUUUAAUAUGAAUUAGAGCACUCUGCGUCAGAUGACGUCAAUGGGCAGUCAAAACAACAGUUCGUAGACAACUUCGUAAUCGUUGCCUGCUCUCGUGAGAAUUUAGCAAGGUCACAUCCUGCUAAACCCGCACUUGGAUUAUUCCUUUUUAGGAGACCCUCCCGUCGAUUUUUGCACCCUGAAAUUAUAGAUUUAUAUAGAUUACAAAUUAAGAGUGUCCUAUAAUAUGCAAUACUAGUCAAAGUCUGACAUAUUUACAACGCGAAAACAUGGUGUACAGAUAGUUUAAUGGUAAAGGAUACUCAUUAUAGCAGCGCAAGUAUAAAGCUAGAAAAUAGUUAUUAAUCGUUUUAUCGAGAAUAUGAGAAACUGUUAUGAUACACGUUUAUCCUAUAGAGGUGAUCGAGAUAGACCGCUCCGGCUUGAUUUCCGCAUCUAGUUUGUAAUGACGUCAUUCCUAGAAAAAUUUAAUUAAAUCUAAUUGAGAGACGUCAGA